AUUUCAUCAUAUAUUUCACGUCGACUGAUACGAAAGAGAGAAAAAAAGUUCAACUUUUUAAAAAUAAACUUUCAUUGAAUUAAAAUCCAAAUAAAAAUAAACAGUUUUUUUCUAUUUAGUGCAAUCGUGCAGCGAAAACAGUGAAUUAAAAUAAAAAUAAAACUUUGAAAACACUUUGACAAUAUUUAAAAAAAAAAAACAAAUUGUGCCCGAUUUCUUCUAUUGAAUCGAAAUUUAGUUUGCAGAUGAGAGCUUCAACAACACCGAGUUGUUUUUGAAGAAUCUCAAUGCCGUGCCAAAUGAAACUAUGAACCAGGAAGCAUUAUCAUUUUCAUUGACGCAGAUUAAUUACUUGGUUUCUACCUUGAAGAAGAAGAAUUUUGACCAAAAUUCACGGCAAAUCGAAUCGCUCGUUAAACCGUUCGGACUAGAAGCGGAUCGACAUCUUCUGCGUUGUUUGUUCUCAUCCGUGGAUUUCACGGAGGCCAACAAUCAAACGGCAAAAAAGUCACUGCAAGCAAGACUACUCAAACAAGAAUUGAACACUGUGCUCAGCAAAUCGUCGUUGAUUACAAACAUUUGUUUUGCCAUCGACAAUUGUUUUAUCAAACAAAAGACAUUGAAACCAAGUCCCAAUUUAUUCAGUCAAUUGUUCAAAGCGUUGAAUUGUUCACCGAUACUUGAAGUGGUUAUUUCAUUGGCGCUUACCUACUCGAAAAAUCCCGAAUUUGUCCGCCUAGCCGAAAAUCAACUCAAAGUUUGUUUGCCAUCAUUGAUACAAUCCUAUGUGGAAUUAGAUACCAAUCAAUCGACUCCAGAGGGCGGUUUAUCCGACAUAUCGCCUGAAUUAUUACAAUUAGUGCUAUCGUUAUUGUCGCACGAUAAAUACAAAAAUUACGAUAUAACCGAGUUGACCUAUAAGAAAUUUAUCACACAAAUUAGUGGCGAUUUUCCACGUGAACGUUGCCCAUUAAUUUUGGCGCCAUUGAUUUAUCGAGAAAAUACAGAGAUUUCCGCUGAAAAAAUGUCCGCCAAUUCGCAGGGCAUUUUAACAACGGCUAUCAUGGAUACAUCAUGGCCAAAUCUUGUUAUGGAUAUUGGUUAUGCAUUUACAGCGAGUAAAGAAGAGUGUAAAAAUCAUUUGACAAAAUUUAGUGGACGUGAGUUAUCUGCACAAGAUGUGGCAAAAAUCAUUGCAUUAAUGUGUCGAACACAUGAAAAUUUAUCGGAAUUGAGUAUUAAUUUGCCGAAUCCGAGUACAUUUUGGCCAUCAACGAAUAAUGACAGUGCAUCCGGUGGCCAAGAUUCAGGUGAAAAAAAUCAUAUGACCGAGCACACGGCAUGGAAACCAGAUGUAUUCGUUCAAGCGUUGAUGGAUGUUGUGCCGACAAUGAAUUGGAAAGAAAUUUGCAUUGCAUUCGAUCAUGGUGAUUUUAUCAUUAAAGAUCGUGGCGCACUUGUGCUACUCAUGACAAUCGUUGAGCUUGGCAUGCAGACCAGUGGUGGCGGUAAACAAUUUCCCGUUGAUAUCAUUUAUCGCAUGUGGACAAAUACACAAGGUCAACUAUCGCUUAUUGGCAUGAUUCUGAAAAGUCCGGACGUUUAUUCAUUUGCUGAUAACAUAUUCAAAAGUGUGGCAAUUGAAUCGUUCAAGGUACAACCCGAGAAUGAUAGCAAAGAAAUUAUCGCAUGGAGAUCGAUACAUUUAAUUGAAAUUUUACUGUUCAUUGCUGAGAAAGGAUACUAUCCACAAGUAUUGGAACACUUCAAAGUGCCCAUGCAACAUUGUCCGGAUAUUUUAUUCAUGGCCCUAUUACAAAUUGGUCCGCCGAUGACAGUUUUGGUGCAAGAGAUGUUUCAAUCGUUGUUACCAAUUUUCUUUGGUACUCAUCCGAAUUCGAUUCCGAUUUUGAGUCAUGCAUGGAAUUCAACGAAAUUCAAUAAUUUUUCACUGCGACACAUCAUCAAUCAUUCAAUGAGCGAUUGGUAUGUACGUGGCGGUGCUACCGAUAAUGUUGAUCAAACACGUUUGAUUCGCAUUCUCGAUUUGGCCAAUGAACUGGGUUCAUUAUCAAGCUUAUUGAACGUUCGAUCAUUUCAAUUUGUUAUUGAUUUGGCGGUGGCAGCGUCGAGACGAGAAUUUCUAAAAUUGGAUAAAUAUUUAACGGAAAAAAUACGGGAGAAUGGUGAACAAUUUGUACAAUCGAUUAUCUCAUAUUUACAACGUCGUUGUCCACAAAUUACUGGCGCCAAGAUUCUCGACGAUCAUUUAACAAAAGUAUCACAAUUACCACAUGAAAUACUAUCGACGAUAAUAAAUUGUUUGCAACCAUGCAUUGGAAAUGUUCAACAAGAUUUGAACGAUGCAAUUGUUCAACUGACAACCAAUUGUAAUAUUUUGUUAAACAAACAACGACAACAGCAACAGCAGCAGCAGCAUCAACAACAACAACAACUAAUGCCCCUUCAAGGCCUGUUUCGUCGUAGCAUAGACACUAAUCUUAUGUCGUCGGUGGCUGGAUCUAAUUUUGGUGGUCCAUCGAUGGAUUCGAUAUCUGGUUUGAGUUCAAAUUUGGCCGGUAUGAAUUUAAGCGGCCCAUCGACUGGUGGAUCAUUUAAUUUCAAUACAAAUCUAAUGAACAAUUUGGUAACGACGCCUGCAUCCCCAUCGCAUCUUCUACAGCAAGUUCAACCGAAUAGCCCAUUUCAAAUGCCACCAAUGCCAUUGGGCAGUGGUUUACGGCCACCCGUAAAUAACAAUAUAGGACGAAUUCCGGUGUCGCCGAGCAGCGAUAAGGUGAAUAUAGCAGCGAUAACAACAAACAAUCCCAGUUUUUCCGAAAACACACCAAAAGCAACAAAUGAAAUCGAAGAAGAAGCAAACGGCUAUUUUAUACGAAUUUAUAAUCAUUCGCCGCAUGAAUCGUUGUCCAUCGACGAAGUGUUAGACAUAUUGCAGCGUUUCAGUAAAUCAACAGUUGAACGGGAACGUGAGGUGCAACAGUGUAUGGUACGAAAUUUAUUCGAAGAAUAUCGUUUCUUCCAUGAAUAUCCCGAUAAAGAGCUACAAAUCACCGCUGAACUAUUUGGUGGUAUUAUUGAACGUAAUUUGGUGCCGACAGUUCAACAACUUGGUAUUGCAUUGCGUUAUGUAUUGGAAGCACUUCGAAAGCCAGAAGGAUCGAAAAUGUAUCACUUUGGCAUCACUUCGUUGGAUCGAUUCAAGAGUCGACUUUAUAUGUAUUCCGAUUACUGUGAACACGUUCAGCAAAUUCCAACAUUUAACAAAUUUCCAGCCCAUCUAAUUGAAUACGUUAAAUUUGGCAUAGACGGUAGUCAACCACCAAAUAAACCACAAGGUCCAACGCCACUUGCACAAGCAAAUGCAGCGGCAUUAUAUCGCAGUAGUUCGGAGACUGGAAAAAAUGCUUACACAACACCAACAAAAGCGUCCAAGACUGCCCAAACGUUCACGGGUACAAAUUUGAAUACAUUACUGGUGGCAAAUUCGGAUCGGUGUCGAAAAAUCAUCCAUCCACCGUCCGCUGUGCAAGAUAAGACAGCAUUUAUUUUCAAUAAUUUGAGCGUUACAAAUGUGCCCGAUAAAUGUGCUGAACUCAAGAAAUUUCUUACCAAAGAUUUUUUUCCAUGGUUGUCACAGUAUAUGGUGUUGAAACGGGUAUCAAUCGAACUUAAUUUUCACACCGUCUAUUCGAAUUUAUUGGAUGAGUUGAAAAAUCAGGAGAUCAUUGAAUUGGUGACCGAUGAAACGUUUCGCAACAUUCGCGUUCUAUUGAGUUCGGAUAAAGGGAUUGAAAAUUUCUCCGAUCGAAGCCUAUUGAAAAAUCUUGGCCAUUGGUUGGGUGUGAUGACAUUGGGCCGAAAUCGUCCGAUUCUACACAUUGAUCUUGAUUUAAAAUCGCUACUGCUUGAAGCCUAUCAUCGUGGUCAACAAGAUCUAAUGUAUGUGGUGCCAUUUGUGGCAAAAAUUCUUGAAUCAUGUGCCAAAGGUAAAGUAUUCAAACCACCGAAUCCAUGGACCAUGGGCCUGAUGAAUGUAUUGGGCGAACUGCAUCAAGAGCCAGAUCUCAAAUUAAAUCUUAAAUUUGAAAUUGAAGUGCUGUGCAAAACAUUAUCAAUUGAAGUGGCCGAUUUGAAACCGGGAAUAUACCUAAGAGAUCCGGAACGAUUCAACAAUAUUGAACAUCAAUUGUCGGUAAUAAAGAAAGAAGAACAAAAAAAAUCACCGAUACCACAGAUACCACAGAUUCCAAUACAACCACAAAUACCAACCGAAUCACCGAAUCAAAACAGUGAGAUACCCGAAGCGAAAUUCAAUUUCAACGACAUUUCGAUUGGAAAUAUCAAAAAUCUAGCACAACAUCUUGUAUUUUCACCAAAUCUUAGUAUAUUCCAUACGCAUCAACAAUUAAAAGCUGUUGUACAAGUGGCCAUUGAACGAUCGAUCAGUGAAUGUCUUGUGCCCGUUGUUGAGCGCAGCGUUCGCAUUGCGGUCACAACAUGUGAACAAAUUAUGCGCAAAGAUUUUGCAUUGGAUCCAGACGAAACGGAAGUACGAAAAGCCGCACAUUAUAUGGUUCGAAAUUUAUCGGCCGGCAUGUCAAUGAUCACAUGUCGCGAUUCAUUGAAUCAAGUUAUACAGAAAAAUAUAGUUGCAUCGUUUGCACAAUCGAUGCUUAUGAAUGCGCAUGAAUUGAACGAAAUGGCCAUUCAAAUUGCAAACGAUAAUACGGAAUUGACGUGUGUAUUUAUACAGAAAACGGCCACCGAGAAAGCGGUUGCUGAAGUUGAAAAACGAUUGGCAGCCGAUUUUGAUGCCAGAAAGGCGGCUCGUCAAGAAGGAAGGAGACAUUAUGAUGCGUCUGUUUUGACGUAUCAGACGACCCGAAUGCCGGAACCAAUCCGCUUGAAAGUUGGCGACAUUCCAAGUGAACACUUUACCGUGUACGAGGCAUUUGGUCGAAAUAUUCCUGGUUUCCAACCGAUGACUGAUCGUGAUGCAGCAAUACUCUAUGAUAAAACGAUUACUUCACAGACAACAAUACCUACAUUUGCUAGCGUAACCGAAUCGAAUCCGAUACCAGCCACGGCGCCGCCAAUGAGCAGUGGCAAUGAAAUGGGUUCAAAACUGGAUGAGUUAAUUGCAAGAAUGGAUGCAUUCGUGGCUAGUGUCAACUAUGCACCCGGCCUUCUUGUGCAUAUGAGAAAUACACGUGCAUUGGUCGAAUGUAUAAUGGCUGCAAAGCGUGCAAACAAUGAACUAAGCACAGUGAAUUUGAUCAAUCGAGCGGUUGAUAAUAUAUUUGAAUGUGUCACCACACAGACCAGCCUAUUGAAAACACAUUACCGUGCCCUGCACUUGGAUCUAUUGACAUGGAUGAAUGAUGAACGUGCAUACGGUCCAAAGUUUACGCAACAAUUUGUAACAAUGCGUAUGAUUGAUUGCCGUGAGGAUAUUCGUUAUAAUUUGGAAGCUGUUGAACUAUUGCUUGCAACAAAUUUGGCCAAUGUAUUGCAGUAUGAUUGCAUGCUCAGCACAUUGUUGGACAGUGGUAACUUUUUGGCGAUUUCAUUUUCGAUGCAAUUAAUGCAACGCUUGUUUGUCGAUGAUCGACAAAAGAUCCGAUUCACCGAAAAAGAUUUUACAAAUACAAUUGAAACAUUGAGUCGAUUGUCUACAAUGCAACGUUCACCAGAGGGACUACCGCAUUUGAUUGAAAUGUUGCGCAUGUCUACCGAUGCAAUGGGCAUUGAUCGUGUCACAACUGGACCAACGUCACACAUUCAUUCGGGCAUUUCACAAGUGCGUUCGAUUGAAUUCAACGAUCCGGGAAUGGCUGAAAAGGUGGAAUUUUUAUUAAAAGAUUGGGCAAACAAUUAUCAUGUCAGCGCAAGUGGUAGCCGUGAUGCAAAAUCAUUUAGUUCAUUUGUUAACAAAUUGAAUUUGUAUGGCGUGCUGAAGACCGACGAAUUGAUAACACGUUUCUUUACAAAAGCCACACAAUGGUGCAUCGAACUGAGUCGUAAUUUACACGAUCCAACGGCGUCGUCACAACAGAACAAGGCCAAAGUUUUCCAUUACAUUGAUGCUUUUAUUCGUUUGAUUGCACUGAUUGUGAAAUAUUCCGGUGAUAAUCCGAAUUCAGCGACCAAAAUUAAUUUACUCAAUAAAAUUCUUGGCAUAAUUGUCGGUGUAUUGUUGCAUGAUCAAGAACAACAUGGCACAUCAUUCCAACAGCUUGGCUAUCAUCGUUUCUUUAUUAUGCUGUUUUUGGAAUUGAGCGCACCCGAAUUGGAAUCGAUUAGCUUAAGUGUAUCGACCGCAUUCUGUCACACAUACCACAUUUUACGGCCAUCAGUUGCACCCGGUUUUUGCUAUUCAUGGCUUGAGCUCAUUUCGCAUCGCGUUUUUAUCGGUCGUGUCUUGGCGUUGACACCACAACAAAAAGGAUGGGCAAUGUACUCACAAUUGAUAUUGGAUCUGUUCCGUUAUUUGGCACCAUUUUUACGUAACGCUGAAUUGGCCAAACCGGUUCAAUUGCUGUACAAAGGAACGUUACGUGUGUUGCUCGUUUUGUUACAUGAUUUUCCGGAAUUUUUGGGCGAUUAUCAUUUUGCUUUUUGUGAUGUGAUCCCAUCGAAUUGUAUUCAAUUGCGAAACUUAGUUUUGGCAGCAUUCCCACGGAAUAUGCGUCUACCGGAUCCAUUUACGCCAAAUCUUAAAGUCGAUAUGCUAAACGAUAUCACCGCAUCACCAAGAGUUUUCGCAAACUUUGUAAGCAACAUUCAACCCACCUCUUUCAAAAACGAAUUGGACUCAUAUUUGAAGGCACGAGCACCAGUCACAUUCUUAUCCGAAUUGCGGGGACGUUUACAGGUAUCAAAUACAUCGGGCUCAAAGUACAACACCCAAUUGAUGAACGCUUUGGUACUCUAUGUUGGAACACAGGCCAUUGAUCAUAUUCGUUCAAAGAAUCUCGUACCAAAUAUGACAACCAUUGUGCACUGUUCACACAUGGACAUUUUUCAAAAUUUGAUUGUUGAUUUGGAUCAUGAAGGACGGUAUCUUUUCUUGAACGCGGUUGCCAAUCAACUUCGCUAUCCAAAUAGUCAUACACACUAUUUCAGCUGCACAUUGCUCUAUCUCUUUGUUGAAGCCAAUUCCGAAGCUAUUCAGGAACAAAUAACGCGUGUUCUUUUGGAGCGAUUGAUCGUUAAUCGUCCACAUCCAUGGGGUUUGUUGAUCACAUUCAUUGAACUCAUCAAAAAUCCAAUUUACAAGUUUUGGGAACAUGAUUUUGUUCACUGUGCACCGGAAAUUGAGAAGUUAUUCGAAUCAGUGGCACGUUCAUGCAUGGUUAAAACAUCUGGGGCAAGAUCAGGCUCAUCGCAACAACCGGGAAAUGAAAUUCAAGAAUGUAAUUGAAAGCGACACAAAACAAUUCCUAUAUACCAUGAGACAUGAGAAGAAUAGCGAUGCACACAUUUUCAUUGCAUUAUUUCUUCGAUUUUUUUUAAAUUUCUUGUACAUAAUCAACGUUAGGGAUAUUUCAUUCAUUUCAAUAGAUGUUUAUGUUAUCAAAUUGAACAUUGAUUGCAUCAUUUUACAUAUGUCAAUUUAGAUUAUGGGCGAAAAUUAUAAAAUUCAAAUAAAUCACAUACAAUUCGAUGUACAAUUUUCACAACAUCCAAAAUAAACGUGAAUAAUGAUUGAUGUUUUCUUUUCUAGA